AUGAGUGAACCUUAUUGUCUUUUAUCUAUCUUCUAUGACAACAUAGCUCUUAUUUCUGCAGAAGAUAUAGAGGACAUAAUGGAGUCUGUGGACUUUGGAGCCACCUUCUUUGCAGCUUCAACCUUCGUUCCUGAAAAUGUUGAGGCAUUGCAUCUAAUUGAGGGUGAAAAAGUUUAUGUUCUUGACCAGAAGAAUGAAGAAUGGUGGCUGGUAAAGAAGUACCUCACUAAUGACACCGGGAUGGCACCAGCAAAAUGUUUGAUGGACAAGGACACAUAUAAACGUUUCAUCCUGGAUAAGCUUGGAGAAAAAAUUUCCAAACUCCCUGUUUUCGACAAAGGACAUCCUGGUGAGAAACCUGAAGCUCCUGUCAUUGUUGAGAGGCUCAAGUUGCAGAAAGUCCAAGAUGGUGGCACAAUGCAGUUUGAAUGUAGAGUUAAGGGAAACCCUAGGCCUGUGAUAACAUGGUUCAGACAGACUGCGAUUCUCAAGCCCAGUCCUGAUUUUCAAAUAUUUUAUGAUGAGGACAAUGUGGCCACAUUGAUCAUACGAGAAGUUUUCCCUGAAGAUGCUGGAUUGUUCACUGUUGUGGCUAAAAAUGUAGCUGGGUUUGCUACAUCUACUGCUCAACUCAUAGUGGAAGCACCUUUGAGUGAUCAUGGCUCUGAGUCUACUCAAGUUUCUAGACGCUCCCUAUCAAGUGAAAUUGAGUAUGGUCUGAGUAUGAGAACUGACUUCACUUUCAGAGAAUCUAGUCUGGUUGAUCUCCUGGAAGGGAUUCCACCAACAUUUGCCUCUAAACCCACAAGCCGCAUUGUAGAAGAGGGAACAACCAUGGAGUUGGAGUGUCGCCUUGUGGCUGUACCUGAACCUGACAUCACAUGGAUAUGCAAUGGGAAGAAAGUCAAGGAAACCAAGCGAAUUUCCUUUUUUGUUCAGUCUGAUGUACAUAUGUACUGCCACAUUCUUCGCAUUGAAAAGGUGACACGGAAGGAUGCUGGGAUUUAUGAAAUCAUUGCAAGAAAUCAGGAAGGUGAAGCAGUCAAUGCCAUCUCUGUCACAGUACAGCCUGCUGGACCACCAAAAGUUUUGGAACCAUUAAAGGAUAUUGAAGUUGAAGAAGGAGGAGAAGUUAUUCUUCAGACAAAAAUUACUGGGGCACCACAGCCAAAAGUGAAGUGGUUCAAAGAUGGGAAAGAACUGAUAAACGACUACAAAGUGAAGAUAUCAUCUGAAGGAGAAACUCAAACUCUAAUGAUCAGAGAGACUAAAAAAGAAGAUGAUACUGGCAAUUAUGUUCUCAAGGCCGAGAAUCCAUCUGGAUUUGUGGAGACUUGUGCUUCUCUCCUUGUUAAGAUCAAGUGGUAUGCAAAUGACAAUGAGAUCCUAUCCAGUGAGAGAUACACUCUGAGGAACUUAGGAAACAGCCACAGCCUGGAGAUAGGUCCUCUAGUCCCUAUUGAUGGUGGCCGUUAUGAAGUCCGUGCCAUUAACCCUCUUGGAGAAGCAUCAUGUACUGUGGAUCUAGUAGUAAAUGGUAAUCUGGCUUCUCUCUCCCCUGUUAUGAAGCCAUCUUUGCUUGCACUUCAUUCAUGCAAUAGUGAGAUCAAUCUCUCCUUUGCAGAAAUUCCGGUGACACGAUUGGAACCACCAACUUUCACAGAGAAGUUCAGUGAUCAAGAAUGCCCUUUGGGUUCAAAACAAGACUGGUAUAUGUUGCAAGUCCAUGAUUUGAAACCAGAAAGGAGCUUUGGAGAAUACAAGGUGGUUGCAGAGAACCCUGCUGGACAAGUGUCACAUUUUGCUACUGUCUUCCCACUACCUAAGCCAUCAACAAUCCUAUUCAUGAAGCCAUUGCAAAACCUAUCAGUGGAGAAGUGCUGUGAAGUUCAACUGGAGUGUGAGACAAAUAGGCCUUGCACAGUCCAAUGGUUUCAUAGCAAGAAGCCUCUGAUGCUUAGUGACAAGGUGGAAACUGUCAGUAUUGGUUCUCAACAUCGACUAGUCAUCAAGGAAGUGACAAAUGAUGAUGCUGGCUCAUAUGCUUGCACAGUCAAUGAUCAGACAACGGAAGCAACACUUUCUGUCACUGAGCGUGGACCAGAGUUCCUCCAGAAGCUGCACGAUUUGGAAGUCAAAGAAACAGAAGCAGCUUCCUUUGUUGUAAAGGUCUCUACUCCUACAGCAAAGGUCACAUGGCAUAAGGAUGGGGAGCAGCUGGAGAAACUAAAUGAAAAUCUUGAGUUUGUGGAAGAUGGUCUCUUCAGAAAGUUGAUUAUUCAUUCUGCAACAGUUCAUGAGGAAGGAGAGUACACAUGUGUUCUUGGUGAUCAUGAAUGCACUGCAGAAUUGACUGUCAUAGAACUUCCACCAGACUUCAUUCGUCGACUUGAGGAUGUGGCUGCAUGUGUUGGAGAAGUAGCAGUCUUUGAAGUUCAACUCAGCAAAGGAGAUGCUCUAGCAAAAUGGAGCAAAGAUGGACAAGAUUUGGUCCAGUCUGAUCGUGUUAAAGUUGUGAUUGAUGGCAAGCACCAAAGACUCAUCAUAUCAGACUGUAUACUUUCUGACGAGGGAUCCUAUUCUUGCAUGGUUGGAAACAAGAAGUGCUCUGCAAAGCUCACAAUUCAAGCACUUGAGAAGCCACCUCUCAUCUGUCGGGAUGAACUCAUCACCAUGUACAAGGUGAAGGAGGGAGAGCAGCUUGUGAUUGAUGUCUACUUCAGUGCAUAUCCAGAGCCUUCUGCUGAGUGGACCUUGAAUGGAAAGCCAACUGACAAGUUAAAAAAUAUUGAGAAAACUGUCAAGGAGACCUAUGUGAGACUCACUGUGCAGAAGAUUGAAAAGUGCCACAUUGGCACUUACUGCUUGAGACUGGCCAACCCAUGUGGAGACACUGCAGUUGAAAUCACAGUCAAACUUAUUGAGAGACCAUCAAAACCUGGAGCUCCAACUUCAACAGAAAUUACAAAUUCUUCUGUCACCUUGCACUGGAAAGUUCCUGAAUGUGAUGGAUGUUCACCCAUCAAGGGUUACAUCUUGGAAAGCUAUAGCAAAGCAACAAAGAGGUGGAUUCAAGUUGUGGAGGGCAUAAAAGAUACAACUUACACAGUCACAAAUUUAAAUAGGGGUCAGGAAAUUAAAUUCCGGGUCUAUGCUGAGAACAACAUGGGGCUCAGUGAUUCCUCAGAGGGAGAGUACAUUACAGUGCAAGCUCCUAUGAAGCCUGAAGCACCAAUAGUCAAACAACCCUUGGAGGAUGUUUGCAUUGAGCGGCCAAGCCUUGAAUAUCAAGAGGAUCUACUUCAUCAGAGACUGAAAAUUGGAGAACAAUGGAAAGUUCCUGUAAAAGUCUCAGGCUAUCCAUCACCACAGAUUGAAUGGAGGAAGGAUGGAGAAUUGAUAGAUUCUGAGCAGAAAGUAGCAGUUUAUACUGAACAAAAUGAGACUGUGAUUGCCAUCUAUUCCUUGAAGCGAGAGCAUUCUGGUUCAUACACGGUGAAAGCUAGCAAUGAUGCAGGCAUUGAGACAAUAAGUUUCAUCCUGAAAGUCAUAGAUCGACCUGGGACACCUGAGGGCCCAUUGCUUGUCAAGAGUGUCUCUACAGAGUCUGUGACACUACAAUGGAAGCCACCAAUUGAUGAUGGAGGAGUUGAUAUCUCUUACACCAUCGAAAAGCUUGAUAUUCUAAGGAAAGUGUGGAUGCAGGUUACAAAUGUCUCAGGAGACAUUCACAGCUACAGUGUUCAAGAUCUGGUAGAUGGAUCUGAGUACAUGUUUAGAAUAUUUGCUGAGAACAUCAUUGGACGUUCUGAACCUCUCCUGAGUGAUACUGUCAUCGUGAAGAGUCCUCAUGAUAAGCCAGGUCCACCACUGGGGCCAUUUGCCAUCACUGGAAUGACAGAAACUAGCUUUACUCUUGGAUGGAAUCCACCUGAGCAUGAUGGAGGUCUUCCCAUCCUGGAAUACAGCAUUGAAAAGAGAGAAGUUGGAAAGAAGGCUUGGCAGAAAGUGGAAACAAUUGAAGCUAGCAAAAUCAACAUUCAGAUUACAGGCAUGAAGAAGAAUAUUGGCUAUCACUUCAGGGUUUCAGCAAGAAAUGAAGUGGGGUGGGGCUCACCCCUUUCACCUGAUGAAUCUAUCACAGUUGGAAAGAGAUUCACUCCACCAUCACCUCCUUCCAACCUCACAGUGGUUGAUGUGACAAGUCGAAGUGUCACCUUGAACUGGAGCUCUCCAAGUAACAUGGGAGGAGCUGAAUUGACAGGUUACAUUGUGGAGAAGCGAUUGACAACAAAGAAAAAGUGGGAUAGAGUUGUAACCCUGGAACCAUCAGUCACCCAGUUCACUGCAGAGAAUCUCAAAGAGAAAUCCAUAUAUCAAUUUCGUGUUUUUGCUGAGAAUCCAAUAGGACUUGGUGAGGCUGCUGAAACAGGAAAUGUGGCACUCAAGGCAACAGCAACUGUUGCAUCACCACCUACGGGUCCAUUAGAGGUCCAGCAUGCUGGUGCUCAUGCAAUUAUCUUAACCUGGGGACAGCCAGAAUCAGAUGGUGGUGCUCCUCUGGAAAGCUAUUGUGUGGCACUCAGAGAUACCCGACGGACAAUGUGGAUUGAAGUUGGUCAUGUAUCAGCAGAGAAGCAACGUCUUGUGGUCAAGGACCUCCAAGAGGGACGUUCCUAUGUGAUGAGAGUGUUUGCCAAGAAUGAAAUUGGAAUGAGUGAGCCUCUGGAAUCUGAGGAGCCCAUCCAAAUAGCAAGACCCUCUGAGGGGCAUGGAGAAGAAGAAGAAGGGCCUGAUUAUAAGGACACACCAUCCUUAAGCUUCAGCACAGAGACACCAUCAUCUUGGCUGCGUGAAGCUGGCAUGGAUGCCGAUAUUCGUUCAUAUGCCCGAGCAUCACUCCUCAGGAGAGAUGAAUACUUCUUCCGCAUCUGGUACUACUCGAAGCAGUUGUUCAAUUUAUUUGACGUCAUGAAAAAGUGUAGUCUUUCAGCAAAGAGUCAGUGUUAUCAGAUGGUGCAUACGAGGAGAAGAGGAAUUAGAACUGUGACAGAGAAGGAGAAAAGACUCUUGUUUCUACUCUUCUUUCAUGCAGAAGAGUAA